CGCGUGCUCAGAUCGCUCUACAGCCCUGAGAGCUUGCUGUCAUGGCGGCCGCCACGCGUGUGCUCCAGAGAGCCAUCAGUCCGUCUUUAGUGGUGAUUUUAGGAGCUACGGGAACGGGCAAAUCCAAACUGGCUAUCGAGAUCGGGAAAAGACUUAAUGGGGAAAUUAUAAGCGCCGAUUCCAUGCAGGUGUACAAAGGGCUGGACAUCAUCACCAAUAAGGUUACAGAGGAGGAGCAAGCCCAGUGUCCCCAUCACAUGAUCAGCUUUGUGGAUCCAUUGGUUAGUGGAUAUACUGUGGUGGACUUCAGGAACAAGGCUCUGUCUCUAAUACAGGAUAUGCAUCAUCGGCAAAAGCUGCCCAUCAUUGUCGGAGGCACAAACUACUACAUUGAGUCCAUUUUAUGGAAUGUGCUCAUCAACUCUGGGCAGGGGAGUGAGUCAGAAAAGGGCGUGGCUUCUGAAUCCAAGACAGAGCUUGAGAAACUGGGUGGUCCUGAGCUUCACAGAUGGUUGAAGGAGGUGGAUCCUGACAUGGCAGCCAUAUUGCACCCUCAUGAUGCACGCAAGAUUGCAAGGAGUCUGCAGGUGUUUAUGGACACUGGAGUUCCACACAGUUGUCUUUUGGAGGAGCAGCGAGGACAGGAUGGAGGAGGUUGUCUUGGUGGUCCCUUGCGCUUCCAGAACCCUUGCAUCUUCUGGCUCCACUGCAAAACGAAUGCUCUAGAUGAGAGGUUGGACAAGCGUGUGGAUCAGAUGUUGUCGCUUGGGCUGAUUGACGAGCUCAAAGAUUUUCACCAACGCUUCAAUGAGAAGAAGAUCAAAGAGAACAGUCAGGACUAUCAGCAUGGCAUAUUCCAGUCUAUUGGCUUUAAAGAGUUUCACGAGUACCUAACAGCAAGUGAGAACAUCAGUCAGGAAGAACGUGACAAACUGAAGAUUAAAGGGAUCGAGUCUCUCAAGCAGGUGACCCGCCGCUACGCCCGAAAACAGAACAAAUGGGUCCGCAACCGAUUCCUCAAGAGACCUGCUAGCAAUGUGCCCCCAGUUUACUGUCUGGAUGUGACAGAUGUGACCAAUUGGGAGACUACUGUACUUACUCCUGCCUUAGAGAUCCUGGACUGCAUCCAAAAGGGAGAGCAGCCAUCUGUCCAGCCAAUCAGAGCAGAUGGGCUGGAUCCUCGCAACAAGAGGAGUCACCACAUGUGUGACCAUUGCGAUAAGGUGAUCAUUGGUGACUUGGAAUGGACGGCACACCAGAAGUCCAAAAACCAUCUUUAUCAGGUCCGCAAGAGGAGAAAAGCUGAGCAAGCCUCAGAUCAGGGCCCAAACACUACCGAACAUAAAAAUGUCAGUGACAGGCAGGUACCUGUACUAUAGCUCUGUUGGGGUUGAGCUCACAGAUGGACCAAAGAAAUAAAGUGGCCAUAAUGUAUUUUUUAGAUGUAAUAUAUGAAGGUACUUUCAGAUUGAUUUGGUUUGCAGUGGACCGCAGCGAUACCUCAACUCUCCCUGUGGAGUGGCAGAACGCACUUCAGGGUCUGUGAUGUUUGGACACCCAGAUUUGUUGGUUUUUCCCAUCUGCCACAGACCAAAGGUUACGACUAAUAUCUGGAUUUGGAUUCAUGCGCUGGACAGAUGUCUUCCCUGCUGCUGUUUGUCUGAGCGGUGCACUUUUCAACCACACUUUUCGUCUACUGCUCUUUUAAACCACGCUGCGGUGAGCUGUGCUAACCUCUUUGGCUGCUCUGACCGAAUUCCAAAUACAUCACUGCUGAUGUUGGAUUACUGGAUCACAUUUUUCUCUGCUGAUCAAGAAUGGAAGGUUAUUUUUUGAUUAUUAAAUCUGAUGCCUGGCUUUAUUUGGAAGUCUUAAAUUUAUGUAAUCGUCUGAUGGUAUUGGGUCAGAAUAUAACUAGGACUUCAAGCAAAUGUGGACAUUCUUUCCUCAGGAUCCCCAGUGCCUUUUUCUGUGAUGUCAUCCAACCAAAAACUUAUUUUAUUCACUCUCAUGCCAUUCUAAAACCAUUCAUUCUUUCCUGGAACACAAAAGAUGACUUGAUUUUGAAGAAUGUCCACGCUGCUCAUCUCCAUAAAGUGACUAAAUUAUAAAAUACAACAUUAGAAAACUUGACACUUAAAUCUUAUUGGCUACUUUAGUGUUUUUGUCCCCAUUGGAGCUUGCAUGGAAAAGAGCAGCAUGAACAUUCUUCAAAACAUGAAACAAUAUGACUUAAUCCUUUACAUUUUAAGACUUAACUGCAUUUGCUUUGUGGUUGGGGUGUUUUUAUUUCUUGACUUUUACAGAAUGAUUUGUCUAUCCCUGCAUACAUUAUGUAAAUGUAAUUAAAGAGUUGUUUAUCAUUUUUAUAACA